GGCGCAGGUCUAUGUCGCGGGCAGCGGCGGCGGCGGCGGCCGCGCAGGGACGAUGCGCGAGUACAAAGUGGUGGUGCUGGGCUCGGGCGGGGUAGGCAAAUCCGCCCUGACCGUGCAGUUCGUGACCGGCACCUUCAUCGAGAAAUACGACCCCACCAUCGAGGACUUCUACCGCAAGGAGAUCGAGGUGGACUCGUCGCCGUCGGUGCUGGAGAUCCUGGACACGGCGGGCACCGAGCAGUUCGCGUCCAUGCGGGACCUGUACAUCAAGAACGGCCAGGGCUUCAUCCUGGUCUACAGCCUGGUCAACCAGCAGAGCUUCCAGGACAUCAAGCCCAUGCGGGACCAGAUCAUCCGCGUGAAGCGGUAUGAGAAGGUGCCAGUUAUCCUGGUGGGAAACAAGGUGGACCUGGAGAGUGAGAGAGAAGUGUCCGCUAAUGAAGGCCGCGCCUUGGCCGAAGAGUGGGGCUGCCCCUUUAUGGAGACUUCUGCGAAGAGUAAAACCAUGGUGGACGAACUCUUUGCAGAAAUUGUGAGGCAGAUGAACUAUGCCGCUCAGCCUGACAAGGACGACCCGUGCUGUUCUGCCUGUAACAUACAAUAGCACCGAACAUGGCUGUCCUGGACAGGACUCGUCUAGACUCGUAGGCACCAGCAACCUGUUUACUCCAUCGCAGUUUGUAGGAUGGGUGGUGUGAAUCCACAGUGCACCGCAGCCCUCAGGCUGGAUGGUCAGUUGAUGCCUCUGAGUCCCUGUGGGUCCAGUGACUGCAGUCUCCACCACUGUCCUGAGUCUUCUGUGCAUCUGCAACCUGAAGGCACACCACUGAGCUACAGGGUGAUCUCAUUUGAAGUGAUGAUGGUACUGCCACUGAGUUGGCAGAGGCCACUGUUGUGUUAAUUAAAAAUAAUCAGGAGAGAAAAACCAGAUGAAGUCCUAUAACCACUAACAAUUAAAAUAUUUUGUUGUCUUUAAAAAAAAAGGUAAAGGAGAAAUAUUUUCCUACAAGAGUGCUGAAGUCAUGAGUUGAUGGACCUUCCAGCCAGUGUACCCCACCAGGUGAACAGCUGGCCUGCCAACAGCCCUGCAGGGAGAGUCUGCUCAGCUGACACACUUCUGUUGUUCAAAUUCAUGCUUAAUUGUAGGUGUUUUCCUAAUUUGUGACAUGAAAUCCACUUACCUAUCAAUCCUCGGUAGAGUAAAAGUCAGAACAAGGCUGUAUGAAAUCCAAUCUGGCUUUAGAAUUUGUUGAAUCACCUGCUUUGCCACAGGAAAUAGCCUCUCAUGAGGGCUCAUGAGAGUUGAAAACGCACACCCACCCUCUCUUAACGGAGCAGGGAUGGUCUAUGUACUGAGCAAAAAGGAAGCAACUGAGAUGGAGAGGUUGCCUAGCCUUACUAAUGAGUCGAUUAACCAGUACCAUCGUGGAAGGAAAAUGAAGCCAUGUUACAUCCACACGUUCCCGUUUGCAGACACCUCACAGGACAGUACAAAUAUUUGACAUUGUGUGUGUGUGUUCAUGAAAGCAGCCUUUAAGGGCUAUGGUUGCAAUGUGACCCUUGGCUCACCUGCUUUGGAAAUCCAAUUUGCUGUAACAGAGCUUUAUUGUAGGCAUAAAACAAAACAAAAACAGAUUGAAUAAUCUGUGAAGUAAUUUGGGCUUAAAAGUAGAAUAUAAAUUACUAUAGAGUGGAAUGGAAGGGGACAAAACCUUUUCAUCUCCCUUCCCUGGAGGAUCAUGGAAGGGUUUCUUGUACCUGUUCUGCCCUGAUUACUGAAGUGGCACAUACAUCUAGACUGAAGCUUUUGUUCUAAAAGGGUGCUGAAGCUCAGCAUUUUUGGUUUCCAUAGCCGUGGAGUGUUUAUCAUUUGCAUGAGUAAUGGCACAGGAAAAAAUCUAUUCAGGAGUUUCAUGAUCAAUGUAGAAGAGUUCUCGCCUCACUUGAGAGAUAAGUGCUGGUGAACGCCUUGAGCCCGCCUCUGGAGAUCAGUUAGGCCUCCCGGACUCAGUGCCACUGAGCCUGGACAUACUUGGCACCCACACCUUCCUGGUUCCACAGUCUUGUGCAAGUAACCGCCUAGUCUUAUGUGUGUAACUGAGAGAAGAGUGUGUGUUUGUGUGUGCAUGUGUGUUUAUUCCUAAGAAUUUGGCACAAUUCAGAGAUCAUUGCCUCUACUGAGAAUCUAUACUACAGAACAUAAUGUAUAAGAAAACGUUUUUAAAUUAUUAGUCUCUUAUAAGCCAUUGAACCCCCCACCCCC